AUCAUUAAAACUGAGUGAAGGAAGGGAGGAAUAGAUCAAGUUACCUUGCUGCUCUUAAUUCAAACAAGCGAUGAAUUAUUCAUUCCACUAUUAAUUCUACAGUCCUCCUGCUUUUUAUUUAUUUCUCUCUUUGUUUAUUUUUUUCCUCCCAGAUAGACAGCUCCAAAAGGAUGCUUGGGAACUGGUGAGGGGAGAUUUGCCUGCUGGAGGAUGGGGUGCACAGGGCUGGGCUGUCUGGCAGUGCUGGCCAUGCUCUGUGGGGCUCUCGGGGAUGCUCCGAGCAGAGGCAUCAAAUGUGGGGGUGUGCUUUCAGCACCCUCUGGCAAUUUCUCCAGCCCCAACUUCCCAGGGCUGUAUCCCUACGAGACAGAGUGCACGUGGCUCAUCGUGGUGGCUGAGGGCUCCUCCAUCCUGCUCUCCUUCAGUCACUUCGAGCUGGAGUACCAUGACACCUGUGCCUACGACUACCUCCAGGUCUACAACGGGGCUGCCCGGGACCGGGGCAACCUCCUGGGCACCUUCUGUGGCCACAGGCCCCCGCCACCCUUCUCCUCUGCCUGGCACGUCAUGGCUGUGGUCUUCCGCUCCGACCGCCACGUGGCCAAGCACGGCUUCGCCGCUGCCUACAGGAAAGAUGCCUGUGGUGGGCAGCUGACGGGGCUCUCUGGGGAGAUCACCAGCCCCCGCUACCCCGAGAGUUACCCCAACGAUGCCGAGUGCCGCUGGAGCAUCGGGGGGGCCGGUGGUGGUGGCCCUCUCACCCUGGUGUUUGCUGACUUCCAGAUGGAGGGGGGCCAAGGCUGUGGCUUUGACUACGUGGCCCUUUUUGAUGGCCCCACUGUUGCUGCCCCUGGCCUGGGACGUUACUGUGGCAGCGCCCGCCCACCCCGCACCGUCUCCUCCACCCCACACCUCCUCAUUGUCUUCAAGUCGGACUUCAACAUCGGUGGCAGGGGCUUCAAGGCCCAUUUCUACUCAGGCGAGUGCCAGGAGGUGUUCACCACCAUCAAAGGGAAUUUCUCCAGCCCUCAGUACCCCUACUUCUACCCCAACAACCUCAAAUGCCAGUGGAGCAUCCACCUGCCCCUGGGCUACCGGGUCAAGGUCUUUUUCCUGGACAUGGAGCUGGAGGGCCGGAGCAGCCUGACGGGUGGCUGUGACUAUGAUCACUUGUCUGCCUUUGAUGGUGGCACUGAGAAUGGAUCCCUGCUGGGCCGGUGGUGUGGGCGGGAGAGCCUGGCACCCGUCACCUCCCGCAGCAACCGGCUGCUCCUGGUCCUCCACACCGACCGCGACAUGGCCCAGAGGGGCUUCUCCAUCUCCUACGUGGGAGUUGUGCCCAUGAACGUCAGCUGCACCCGGACAGAUUUCCACAUCCAGAUCCCUGUGCAGUCCCUGGCCCAGCUGGAGAGGAAUAGGAUUUAUCUGGGGACCCCCUCCUGUGCAGCCCAGGUGGUUGGCAGGAACUUUAAAAUACACACCAGGUUCGACACCUGUGGCACUGAAUCCCAGAGACGCAACAACACAUCUGUCAUCGUCAGCACCCUCUACAUUGAUUUUUCAGUGGGAGACCAGGAGGACAUCCACCAGUACGAGGUGCAGUGUGAGCCAAAGAAGAAAGAAGCCUCAGUGACCCUUAUUGCUGGCCCUGAUCCAUCCAGGCUCAGCCAGGCAGAAAACUUGGUGGAUGCCCAGAAGUGGGAUGGGGAAGCGAUCGAUGCCCAUGAAAUCAAGAGCCAGGACACCAGCGACAUCGUCUUCAUCAGCAUCUGCAUCCUGGCUGGGCUCCUCAUGGUCAUCGCAGUGGUGGGGCUGGUGCUUCUGUAGGAUGCUCCUUCCAGGCUCCAGGGAUUGCAGACCCAGUCUUGCCCAGGGCAGAAAGGCACCCCAAAAUCCACUCUCAUUCCAGGCUGAACCCUAACACAGCUGCCCAAACAGAGACACAGCUCUUAGGCCCUGAAACUGAGCCUGAACCCAACCUCCACCUUCUCUUAGUGCUUGAAAAAUCUGGGCGAUAGGCAGCCAUUUCCCUUCCCAAUUUGUUUUCCUCUGUCUCAAUCUGUCCAUUUGGCUCAGGAAUGCAAUUCUUGUGCUCCCUAACUCUUCCUGCACCUGCUUCAAUUUGUUUUCCCUGUAGUGCUGCUGCUCUCAGGAAAGAAACGUUGUUUGCCGAUGGCUGCAAAUCUUCCUGUCAAUUAUUUCUAGCUGAAUUCUUGGAGGUACAAACCAUCCCCAAAUGUAGCUAUAUUCCCAACAAA